UUACCGUGGUGAUUUACCUUGGUAAAAAGAGAACCAGCUUUGUAGGACGGACAAUUCAGAGUUUAACCUGGAGCUACCUCAACAACCCUGAGUCUUGCUUCGCAGUACAGGCCUCAGGUCCGCUUUGUACUUGAUGCAGAUGGCGACUGGAAAGGUUCCAGAGGUUCGUGACCUCCUGCGUAUUGAGAGAAUUGGUGCACAUUCUCACAUUCGUGGCCUUGGUUUGGAUGAUGCUUUGGAGCCAAGACAGGUGUCUCAGGGGAUGGUUGGUCAGCUGGCCUCCCGUCGGGCAGCAGGGGUCAUUCUGGAGAUGAUCAAAGAUGGACACAUCGCUGGCAGGGCAGUACUGAUUGCUGGCCAACCUGGCACAGGAAAGACUGCCAUUGCUAUGGGUAUCGCCCAGUCUCUAGGCCCUGAUACACCCUUCACAGCGAUGGCUGGUAGUGAGAUCUUCUCUCUGGAGAUGAGCAAGACCGAGGCACUAAGCCAAGCUUUUAGAAAAGCUAUUGGAGUGAGGAUCAAGGAGGAAACCGAGAUAAUUGAAGGAGAGGUGGUAGAAAUCCAGAUUGACAGACCAGCCACUGGAACGGGCGCCAAGGAAGGCAAGCUGACUCUAAAGACUACUGAGAUGGAGACAAUAUAUGACUUAGGCAACAAGAUGAUUGACAGUCUCAGUAAAGAGAAGGUUCAAGCAGGAGACGUUAUUACCAUUGACAAAGCCACUGGAAAGAUCAGCAAGCUGGGCCGCUCCUUCACCAGAGCCAGAGACUAUGAUGCCAUGGGAUCACAGACACAGUUUGUGCAGUGUCCAGAGGGAGAGCUGCAGAAGAGGAAAGAGGUGGUCCACACGGUGUCCCUCCAUGAGAUCGAUGUCAUCAACAGCCGUACACAAGGCUUUCUUGCUCUCUUCUCUGGAGACACUGGAGAGAUCAAGUCUGAAGUUCGCGAGCAGAUUAAUGCUAAAGUGUGUGAGUGGAGGGAAGAGGGCAAAGCAGAGAUCAUUCCAGGGGUGUUAUUUAUUGACGAGGUCCACAUGUUGGACAUGGAGUGCUUCUCUUUCCUGAACCGUGCCCUGGAGAGUGACCUGUCCCCAGUUGUCAUUAUGGCCACCAACAGAGGCAUCACUCGUAUCCGUGGCACAAACUAUCAGAGCCCUCAUGGCAUCCCUAUUGAUCUUCUGGAUCGCCUGCUCAUCAUCGUCGCCUCCCCUUACACCGAAAAAGAGACGAGACAGAUCCUCAAGAUCCGGUGUGAGGAGGAGGAUGUGGAGCUGAGCGAGGAGGCUCACACUGUCCUGACUCGUAUAGGCAUGGAGACGUCGCUGCGCUACGCCAUUCAGCUGAUCAGCACUGCAGGACUAGUGUGCCGCAAACGCAAGGGGACAGAAGUUCAGGUGGAAGACAUCAAAAGGGUCUAUUCUCUGUUCCUGGAUGAGGCCAGAUCUUCUCAGUACAUGAAGGAGUAUCAGGAUUCCUUCCUCUUUAAUGAAACAUUCUAAUUGGAGGAAGCCGCAGCCCGCUGUUCAGGCGUUCCUCUCCAUCCACCCAUCUCGAUGCUCGGAUGAUGAGCUCCAUUGCCAAAGUGAAGGCCAGGGGUGAGAUGGUACAGCCUGCCAUUAUGAGUUUCUGUGAAGAUGUAGUAAAUAACUUACACAUUUAUUUUUUGUUCACCUUAUAUUGUGUAAAUAUCAAUUCAAUAUUUUCAAUUUCAAGUUUAUUAUUUAUUUAUUUAUUCACAGAAGCCUUGUGGCACGAAUAUCCAUUCCUUCUGCGUUGUUUUGUUUACUUAUCUUUACAAUGGGUUUUUUUGAAAAGCAUUAAACAGGAUUUUAUUAGCACAA